AUGCCGCUCAGAUCCUCAAUGUCAGUCUCUUGUUGUUGGUGGUUGGUAAAAAGAGCAUCGUUUCCGCCGCUUCGAGGAUAUCUUCUCUCCGUGUUUCCGUCUUCUCAUUCCACCCAUUCCCGGGAAAAUUCCGAAUUGGAUGCAUCCUCGUCCUCGUAUUCAUCAUGGGCGGGAGAAGAAGAAGAUCAUCUUCCUCCGGAUAAAAUCCAUCUCAACGACUUACAAUUCCACGCCUACCACGGCGUCCUUCCGAGCGAGAAAUCGCUCGGGCAGAAGUUCUUAAUCAACGUCGAGAUGAAGAAGAGGAGGAAUACUUUAUCCGCUUUCGAUACUGAAACACCAACACCAUCAGAAGCAACGGAAGAGGUAUUAAAAGCGCACGACCGAAUCGAACACACGGUGGAUUACGCCAAAGCGUUCACCCUCAUCAAAUCUAUCGUCGUUUCCGGCCCGCAAAGAGAUUUAAUCGAAACCGUCGGGGAGGACAUUGCAUGGCAGAUUUUACGCCAGUUCGCUUCGGUGGACGAGGUGAAAGUGAGCGUCGAGAAGCCGCACGUAGCGAUAGACGGAGAUUUGAGAUCGCUCGGGAUCUCGCUCGUCCGGAGGAGGAGUAAACCUUAG